AUGGACAUUAACGUUCGAGAAAAACAACUUGACGGUUGCUACACCAGAAUGCUACGCCAGUUGCUUGGUGUCGGGAGCGAAGAACAUAAUCAAACCUCUAUCUCGGGUUCCCCAAGCUUAGCGUCAAAAGCUACUAGAGUGAGGUUUGCAGGGCACUGCUAUCGCCACCCUGAGCUUCCAGCCAGCAAGCUUGUGCUCUGGGAGCCCAAGCAAGGUCAAGCCCAAAGAGGUCGUGGCCGUCUGACCUAUGUCGAUCUGCUGAAAAAGGACACUGGUUUUGUGACAGCUGGGGAAGUGUCCACAUGCAUGGGGGACAGGAAGACCUGGAGAAACCUCAGCCUGUAUAAUGGCUCUAAUAACGUUUCAGGGGUUAUUGUGGUUUCAUCCUAUCAAAUCUGCCAUGACGGAUUAGAGUGUGACAUCACCUCUAACAAUCCACACUGUUGGGUCUUACCGUCCAUGGAUCCAUGCGAGUAUGCUGCUGUACUCGGCGGAUUGACCGCUCAAAAUGUGUCGCACCGACGACAGGGGGCGCCCUACUACCUGGAUAAAAUCGUCGAAAGACUGCAUGUGUUCUUCGGUUGUCAAGAUAAUCGUAAAGAUGAAGAGUGUUUUGAUCCAGAGCCUUUGGGUCUUGAAGAUGGAAGCAUUCCUGAUUCUGGGAUACGUGUAUCAAGUACUCAAGGUGCCGGGAGAGGGCGUUUGAAUGGAUAUGCUUGGUUGCCCUUGUACGUAGCCUAUUCCUGGAUUGAGGUUGAUCUUGGUGUGAGUACAGUGGUGUCUGGUGUCAUGACGCAGGGAGGUAUGUACUACCGUGUUACUCGAUACAGAGUCAGGUACAAGAAGCUACAAUCCUCAGACUUUAAUGGAGUCAAAGAUAGCUAUGGAAACAUUACGGUGUUCGACGGUAAUAUUGAUGAUGCUAAGAUCCCAGUCACCAAUAUGUUUGAUCAGAGCAUCAUGGCUACCAUAGUGCGUAUCGAGACUGUAGCGUACAAGCAUGGCAUUGCUCUACGGCUGGAGUUGCUUGGAUGUUACACUGAAGUUGAAUAAUGAAAACAGCUAGUAAUUGUAUUGUUUAAUUGCUAUAGUAUUUUAACUUUGUGGACACUGGCAAAACAUCUUUACACGAAAGUAUGAUGAUCAAAAG